UAAUAAAGAAAAGCCAUCUUUUCACCCUUCCUCUUGUUGUCUUCAACUCCCAAUCGUGCAAGCAAGCAAACCCUCUCAUCUCAAAUAAUCCCUGUUUGUUUCCCAGGAAAAUAACAAUAACAAACAACAGAUAAAGUAAAAGCGUUUUUCUCUCCCGAGAAAAUUCUCCGGGAACCGACGCCGCAGAAUGGUUUCCCGGGAAAACACCAAUUGGCUCUUCGAUUACGGUUUGAUCGACGAUAUUCCCGCCCCUGAGGUCACCUUCACUGUCCCUCCCUCCGGAUUCACCUGGCCCUCCUCUCAACCCUUGAAUUCCUCUUCCAAUGUCGUCGGUGUUGAGAUUGAUGGCUCAUUAGGGGAUUCUGACAGUCUCAAAGAGCCUGGUUCGAAGAAGAGGGUCAGAUCUGAGUCAUGUUCUGCUACUAGCUCCAAAGCAUGCCGGGAGAAGUUGCGUCGAGACAAACUUAAUGACAAGUUUGUUGAACUGGGCUCCAUAUUGGAGCCUGGAAGACCUCCCAAAACAGACAAGGCUGCUAUCCUGAUUGAUGCUGUCCGAAUGGUGACUCAGUUAAGGGGUGAAGCCCAGAAGAUGAAAGACACUAAUAUGGGUCUUCAAGAGAAGAUUAAAGAGUUAAAGACUGAGAAGAAUGAGCUUCGUGAUGAGAAGCAGAGGCUCAAGACAGAGAAAGAGAGGUUGGAGCAGCAGCUGAAAUCUAUGAAUGCACAACCUAGUUUCAUGCCCCCCCCUCAAGCACUCCCUGCUGCAUUCGCUGCACAAGGCCAAGCCCAUGGCAACAAGUUAGUGCCAUUUAUCAGCUAUCCAGGAGUUGCCAUGUGGCAAUUCUUGCCUCCUGCUGCGCGUGAUACCUCACAGGAUCACGAGCUUCGUCCACCAGUUGCCUAAGCUAGCAGUGCAAUUCUUUGGACUUUCAUUUUGGCCCAAGAUUGUAUCCAAUUACUCAUAUUUGUUAGUUCUCUAGUAAGUAUUCUAACUGGACCCAGUGGUGGCUUCUGUCUGUAUUUGACAAAUGAUACUAUUAUGGUUUAAUGCUGGUAUGUUCGUGUAAAUGUGAAUAAGUUCAUUCUGCUA